AUGGAAGAACAUCCAAAGAUUUUGAGCAUAGCAGGUAGUGAUAGUUGUGCUGGAGCUGGUAUGCAAGCUGAUUUAAAAACAGCUAUGAGUUUAGGUUGUCAUUGUUGUACUAUUUUAGUUGUAUUAACAGCUCAGAAUACUAAAGAAGUAAAAUCCAUUAUAGAGGUUGAUGAGAAAUUUAUUGUUGAACAGUUGGAUGCAAUAUUUACAGACAUAACAAUUGAAGUAGUUAAAUUAGGAGUUUUAUAUUCUAAGAAAAUAAUAUCAUUAAUUCAUAAUUAUAUAACAAAUAUUAAUAAAAUGAGAGAGAAAAAACUACUGGUAGUUUUUGACCCAGUUUUUGUAUCAAGUUCUGGAUGUAUGUUAGUAGAAAACUUAGAUUAUGUUAAAUAUGCUUUGGAUUUAAUUUGCCCCUUAAGUUGUAUUAUUACACCGAAUUUUUAUGAAUGUAAAGUUAUUUUAGAAGCUUUAAAUUUUAAUAUAGAUAUAAAUAAUAUGAGAACAAGUGAUCUAUGUAAGCUAGUAACAGAAAAAUUAAAUAUUAAUGCUUGUUUAUUUAAAAGCUGUAAUAUAGAUAUAAAUACCGAAGAUGAAAAUAAAUUAUAUGCCGUUGAUCAUUUAUGUAUAAAAAAUGAUAAUGAUUAUGAUACAAAAAUAAAACAAAAUAUAUCUUAUGAUGUAUAUAAACUAAAAUCAAAAAGAAAUCCACAAAAAGAUAUACAUGGAACGGGAUGUACUUUAUCAACAGCUAUAUCAUGUUUCUUAUCCAAGAAAUAUGAUAUUAUACAAGCUUGUAUUGAAUCUAAAAAAUAUAUUUAUAAUUGUAUUAAUUAUGCUUAUGACCUUGGAAGUAAAAGUCAAGGAUUAAAUCAUUUAAAAGCUGCACAACAUUUAACAGACUUCCGUGAAUUACAAGUUAUUAAAGUUGAUUAA